UGCUCGAGCGCGCGCGGCAGCUAGUUCGCGUGCUCACCACAUACGCCCAAACUACGUACACAGGGCUCCUGUUUACCAGCCAAACCCCAGGAAAAUUCACUCUGGUGAUGUCAACAACAUGGCACAAUUUAAAGCGCAAAGUGGAGUUUCGUGACCACUUUAGAUUGUGUUGAUAUUUGGGCAGCGGGAGCGAGCGGACGCACCGGGCACACGCGAUGGAGCCGCGCAUCAACAAAAAAGAGCUCCAGCACAGGGUGUUUGUGAACCGGAGUCUGACGCUUGAAAACAUCAAGUGCUAUGGCUUCGACAUGGAUUACACUCUGGCAGUUUAUAAAUCUCCAGAGUAUGAGAGUCUGGGCUUUGAGCUGCUCAGGGACAGGCUUGUGUCCAUUGGAUAUCCGCACGAGCUUCUGGGAUAUACAUACGACUCUACUUUCCCCACACGAGGUCUGGUCUAUGACACCACAUACGGUAACCUGUUGAAAAUAGACUCCAAUGGAAACAUUCUGGUCUGCACUCACGGCUUCGAGUACCUGAGAGGUGAACAGGUGGAUGAGUAUUAUCCAAACAAGUUCAUCCAGAGAGACGACACUGACCGAUUUUACGUCCUCAAUACACUCUUCAACCUCUCAGAGACCUAUCUUUACGCCUGCCUGGUUGACUUCUACACCAAAAGCACCAGAUACAAGAAUUGGCCGAAGGGGUUCAAACAUGGUGACUUGUUCAUGUCACACAGAAGCAUGUUUCAGGACGUGAGGGACGCAAUGGAUCAUCUUCACGACACUGGGACACUGAAGGAACGGACUCUGAAAAACCUGGACAAGUACGUCAUUAAAGAUCCUCGUAUUCCUGUGUUACUGAGCCGCAUCAAAGAGGUCGCUAAAGUGUUCCUGGCCACCAACAGCGACUUCAAUUACACCGAGGCUAUCAUGAAAUACUUACUGGAUGCGGCGACAAGCUCUAAGGUGAGAAACAUGGACGGACAGAACAGAAGUCUUGCUUGUGAGCAUUUUUUGAUUGCUUUGAAAGAUAUUAAUACUGUUGUGUUCCAGGGCAUGAAAAAGUCAUGGCGCUCUUACUUUGACCUGGUGGUUGUGGAUACGAGGAAGCCCUUGUUCUUCGCUGGAGGGACAGUUUUACGCCAAGUGGACACAGACACUGGGAAGUUGCGUAUCGGCACGUACACCGGAGACCUCCAGCAUGGGACGGUGUAUUCUGGAGGAUCUUCUGAUCUAGUCUGUGACUUGCUGGAUGUGAAGGGCAAAGACAUCCUCUAUGUGGGCGAUCACAUUUUUGGGGACAUCCUGAAGUCCAAGAAGCGACAGGGCUGGAAGACGUUCCUUGUGGUUCCUGAGCUUGUGAAGGAACUGCAUGUGUGGGCAGACAAAUCCAGUAUGUUUGAGGAGCUGAAACACCUCGACAUCUUCCUUGCAGAGUUGUAUCAGCAUUUGGACAGUGGAAGUCAAGAGUGUCCAGAUAUCAGUGCGAUCCAGACCAGGAUAAAGAUGGUGACGUACGGCAUGGAUCUGUGUUAUGGGAAGAUGGGCAGUUUGUUGCGCUGUGGCUCUACUAAAACACUGUUCGCCAGUCAGUUACUGCGGUAUGCAGACAUUUACUCAACCACCUGCCUUAACCUGCUUAACUACCCCUUCAGCUUCCUCUUCAGAGCCCCGCUCGUCCUGUUGCCACAUGAGGCCGCUGUGGAGACUCAGAAUAAAGAGCAGAUGGCAGAGCUGUCAGAGCACAUGCGCAGAACCAGCCUCAAGCAGCGUCAGUGUGAGUGUGAGGAUGGAGAUUGUGGACAAGAUGACAACUGUGCCGCCAGAAACAGCGCUUCCACUUCAACUUCAGACAAAUAGACAUUUUCAGUUUGUUUACUGCUGUAAAUAGGCCUAUGAUUUUUUUUUAACUUGCAUAUGUUUUACCUUCACACGUUUCCAUUGCUGUGUGUUGCUGUUCCAUAGUUCCGCUCGGAUAUGUUUCCACUUCCGGCAGAAAGUAAACGGAAUUAAUUUGCCAAGUUUGCGAUGUCUUAUUGAGUUAACAGCUGUUAUUUGUAAAGCAGGUAUAAAUCAGUAUUUAAGCAUUUUGUAAAACUUUUGUAUUCUGUAGAUUUAAAUAUGAUAUUCAGCCUUUUGUAUGACAGUCACCAUUAAUGCAUGAAAACUGGACAAGAACAAUCUGAUUUUGAAGUUUCAUUAGAAAAGUUCGUUUAUAUCUCUAUUUAACUAUUUACAUCAAUACAGGGGUUGACAUGAAGACUAUAAAAUGUUUCUACUCCUGUGAAUGCUUUGUUUACUAUUUUUCAUAAUAUUAUCGAAAUUACGAUUAAAGUGUUUAUUUUAGA